AUGGCUCCCUCCUCCCUGAGGAUGAAUCCUGGCCAGAGGUUGCUGAGCCCGGAGACAGCCCAGGCAGAGACCAGCAAAGGAGUGGCCGCCCUUGCCAAGGGGAGCCCCAUUGUUGAGGAGCAGCUGCCCAGGAUGGGCUCCAAGGCAGUGGGAUGCAGGGGCCAAACCACCUCCACCCCUCUGCUGCCUUUCAGUGUGGAGUCCCUGCUGAUCACGGAGCGCAAGCUGUGUCCCCGGAGCAGUCGCCCGCACCAGCCACCCCCUGCUGCCACUGCCGAAGCGCCACCCGCCCGGGCCCGGAGCAGCUUGUACACAGCGGAGUCAGGCCAAGAUUUCCCAGAGCAGCGGGCUAAGCAGCAGCCACCAGUGGUGGAGAGUCCGGGUGACAAGGAGCCCAACUCCUGGCUUGCAAAAUCUGCCUGUUCUCCACCAAGGCAGCCCAGCCCUCCACCCUGCACUCUGAGGAAGCACAAGAACAAUCGCAAGCCCCGCACGCCCUUCACCACCUCGCAGCUGCUGGCGCUUGAGAGGAAGUUCCGGCAGAAGCAGUAUCUGUCCAUCGCCGAGCGGGCCGAGUUCUCCAGCUCCCUCAAUCUCACAGAGACCCAGGUCAAGAUCUGGUUCCAGAACCGCAGGGCUAAGGCCAAGAGGUUGCAGGAAGCAGAGCUGGAGAAGCUCAAACUGGCCACCAAGCCCUUGCUGCCCUCUUUUGCCCUGCCCUUCCCGCUGGGGGCACACCUGGGCUCCCCCUCGCUGUACGGAGCCACCAGCACUUUCCCCAGCAGAGCAGCCCUGCAGCCUGUCCCAGGUCUCUUCACAGCGCCAGUCACCUAUGGCAUGUACUACCUAUCCUAA